CGUUGGAUAAAUAAAGAUGGCCGCGCUCUUCGGGCAAUGUGAACGUAAACGUCGUCAUAAUCUGCAAACGAAUUAAACUAAUAUAUCCUAAUAUUCGUGUGAUUUGAGUGAAAUGGCUUUGAGAGCGUGUGCCCGGAUUAUCAGGGGCUCCUCGGUAUGGUCUUCUAGGAUUGUUUUGGCUAGAACCGAAACGACGUCGCGUUUGCUCGAGCCUGGAAAUGCUGUCUGCAGUCCAGGGAGGAUUGAUGGAUAUCUUCUGCCUCCUGCCCGCUUCAUUUCAUCUGAUGCACUGUGGAGCCGUCUGAUGAAAGGGAGAUUUGCAGAGUCAGAGAGUGGCUCUGCUCGGCUCCCAGCUUCUGUACCGUCAGACAGCGGUCAGCAAAUCUCACUAUUAAUGCGACACCCAGAUCAGCCUGAGAAUGCCAAAGUUUUAAAAGUGGCCAUAAUUGGUGCUCCUAAUGCUGGGAAAUCAACCUUGUCUAACCAGCUUCUUGGAAGAAAGUUAUUUGCCGUUUCUAAGAAAGUCCAUACAACCCGGACACGUGCAAUGGGAGUUUUAACAGAGGAUGAAACACAGAUAAUUUUACUGGAUACCCCUGGCCUAACAACCCCUUCCAAAGUCAAAAGACACCAUUUGGAAAGGUCUUUACUCAUAGAUCCUUGGAACACUGUAAAAGAAGCCGACCUUGUGGUGGUUUUGGUGGACGUGUCAGACAGAUGGAUGUGUGGCAGACUGGACUUUGAAGUGCUCAAGUGUCUCGCUCAACAUCCCGACACCCCAGCCAUACUUGUUCUCAAUAAGGUUGACCUUAUAAAGACUAAGGACAGACUGUUGGACAUCACGGCGGAGCUGACGUGUGGUAUUGUAAAUGGACGUAAAAUCCGGGUCAGACCAGUGAUCAAACCUCCAUGGGCAGAAAAACGCCCAGAGAUGACGCAGCACUUCCUUUCCGAUGAGGACGAGACAGAAGAUCCUGCAGCCUCUGAUCAGGACAAAUCUGCACUGAGUAAAGAGCAACUAAGAGUGCUGAGCCGUCAGAGAGGCUGGCCCCACUUCAAAGAUGUUUUCAUGGUCUCAUCCCUGGAUAAAGAGGAUGUAGAGACACUAAAGGGCUACUUCCUGAUGAAUGCUAAACCCGGCGAAUGGCAGUAUCACAGUGAAGUCUUAACAGAUCAGUCCCCAGAACAGAUUUGUAUCAACAUCAUCAGAGAGAAACUUCUGGAGUAUUUGCCCCAGGAAGUGCCAUAUUCUUUGACUCAGAAAGUUGAACUGUGGCAUGAAGGAGAAAGUGGAGAGCUGGAUGUGUGUGUGAGGCUGACUGCAAAGAAAGAGUCUCAUGUGAGCCUGGUGAUUGGUACGGCGGGGCAGAUGGUGGCACGCAUGGCCCGAGAAGUGAGUGAGGACCUCAGCCGCAUCUUUCUCACAGAAGUCCGUGUCAAGCUCUCCAUCAAGUUAAAGAAGUAACAGAUUUUUGAAAAGACAUUUGAAGAUAAAAGAAUGAACAUAAUAACUCGGAUGACAUUUAGGAUGCCUCUGUCCAUCUAUCUCCAAGACUGAGGAUUGUGAUGAAGAGGAAACUGCAUAAUUUGACCACGCUAUGUGCUGUGAGGUAUUUUUCACAGAGCAUAUUAAGGACCUUAUAUCAGGAUUGUGUAUUUAAAUGUUACAGCAACUAUAUGUAAAUAUUGAAUAUCUCUGUUUAAAUGGUUAGUAAAUAAGACAUUAUGCUUUUCAAUGGUAUUUUGAUAAUAAUGACUUACUAAAAGUACAUUUUCCUUGUUGUAAAACACAAUUUAAGAUAGAAUAACUGAGUCAGAACUGAUUCUCUGCUGCUGAACCUGCCUCUUCAAAGAUAGUGGGAUCUCAAUACAACAAACAGCGGAUAUUCAUUUCCAAGUAUUUGUUAAAAAAACAUGUUUUUUAAAGACCCAGGGUUUAAAUUGUUGAAGCAAGUUAAUACAGAGCAGUAGUUGGAGAUAGAGGACUGGAGGAUAUUUUUUCCCACUCAAGCCUCAAAUACGGGAAUCAAAUACAAAUACAACUCUGAGUGAGCUAAUGAUAAAGGCGAACCGUUAUAACAUGGUUAACAGCUCAUUAAAGUCAAUUUUAGAUUACGUCCCCUUUAAAUUGUUAUUUUAAGGUGUGACUCAACGGUCAUCUGUCCCUGGUUCUAACCCCACCCUGAAGGCCAAAUGCGUAUGUAAGACUUUGUGACGCACUGACAAUGCCCAUUCUCUGAAGUCAGUUUGUUAUUUUUCGCACCAGACAUCUGUCCUCAUUUAAACUACAAUGAACUGUUGAAAAUGUAAAUAUAUUUUACCAAAAUACACUUUGAUAAGAUUA